AUGGCAUUUAAUGGUACCUGGAAAAUAGACAGAAAUGAAAACUAUGAAAAAUUCAUGGAGGUGAUGGGUGUUAACUUGAUGAAAAGAAAGUUAGGAGCCCACGAUAAUCUGAAGAUCACUAUUCAACAAGAUGGAAACAAAUUUACUGUCAAUGAGUCAAGCACCUUCCGUACCCUAGAUACUGAAUUCACUCUGGGAGUCAAUUUUGAGUACAGUCUGGCUGAUGGGACUGAACUUACUGGUUCCUGGAACAUGGAAGGAAAUAAACUUGUAGGAAAAUUUAAUAGAAAAGAUAAUGGAAAAUUACUCACAGCAUACAGAGAAAUUGUAGGCGAUGAACUUGUUCAGAGCUACAUAUAUGAAGGAGUUGAAGCCAAGAGAGUCUUCAAAAGGGGCUAA